GUUGUGCCCGAGCAGAGGCGACUGCCGCGUGUCGCUUGUCGCCGAUACAGUGUGAAAUGUCUGAACCCAGUCCCACGAUGGAUUUAGAUACGGAUUCAACUGGUUAUUUUGACAUCGAUGUUUUCAUUGAUUGUGUUAAGUCCAGAAGUGUUAUCUGGGACACUAGUCAUGAAGAGUACAAGAACAGGGAGAGAAAGAAAGAAGAAUGGGCAGAUAUAUGCAGGGUGUUUCACGAAGAUUUCGACGAGAAGCCAGAUGUGAUGAAGUAUAAAAUAUACAAGGAACUGCAACUGAAGUGGAAAAAUAUCAGAGACGGAUACAUGAGAAAUCUCAAAAGACAAAAGCAAAAAUCAAGCGAUGGCACAAAAGGUGGCAGACAAUAUGUAUACGCGAAGCAAAUGGAAUUUUUGAAAAACACGCUAUCCAUCAGUCUUGCUGAAGAUUUUAGUGCCAGCGACUUUCUUCAGUCAGAUGUGUUUGUUAACAUUGAAGAACCACAAAUUGCGAAUUCGAAUACAGAGUUACAUCGUGCCCCCUCUGCUAGUACAGUCUACAGAAAAAGUAGGAAACAUCUAGAAGAGAAUAUACAAAAGUGCAUGUCAGUCAUGACAAAACAGACUGAAGAAACGUUGACGCAAGAAAAAGACGAUGACUAUAAUUUCCUACUGUCAAUUUUGCCGACUAUUAAGAAGUUCAGUGACAUUGACAGAUUGAAACUUCGAUGUGAUAUUUUACAGCUGAUUAUAAAGUACAAGGAACAAUCCACGAGCACAGUCCAACCUACGUCACAGUUUUCUGCUGAAAGACAAUCGGGACUUGACACUGGAAAUCGCAAAUUAAAACUUGAACAGUCACCAAGUAACCUCAAAAGACGGCGGUCAGGACGUGCAGCUACAGUGACAUCUAGAUCUAUCGCAAUUGAGGAAACAAGUUCUGGUGAUGAAGACCUAUCUUGAGCAAAGACUCUUCUCCAGACAGUUUCCCGCACACUGAUUAAAAUUACUCGUUGUUAUCGUUGUGAAACAUACUGACAGGCUGCAACCUAAUACUUUUCCAAAUACAUUUUUAUUUGUCAGAUU